CGGUUGACAUUGAUGAUAAAACGCGCGUCGUGGUUACAACGAGUCACAUUAUUACUGUCCCGCUCAUCUCCUCUUUCGUCGCCGUUAAAAAAAAAAAGAGAAACAAAAACUUAUUCCAAAAGCCGAGUUAUUUGUUGUGUGCGUUACACGGUGUCAGAUGUAAUAAUUUCGAAGAUUACCGCGACGAUAUCAGCGCCACGUUGACACGGGAGCACUGUGCAACUGUUCGCAAAAAAAAAAAAAAAAACGCAAGAAAAUUCUCCGUGCAAUAAAGUGUCAGUGAUUUCUCUCAGCGGGAAAAAACGCAGCCCUUGGGCUGACGAGAAAGGUGGUCGGUGCAAAAAUGAGGGAGGCCGGAAUUAUGCUGAUAAGCACCGCAUUAACGUGCGCUGUUAUCGGCAAUGCGUAUUAUCAACGAAAACAAUUUUAUCCGACCGUUGUCCAUAUAACCAAAUCCAAUCCGAGCAUGACCGUAAUCUACGCGCAGGGAUUCAUUCUUGCAUUCAUGAUAAACGCCUUCCUGCGAAAGAUCUUUUUCGGUACCUUGCGCGCCGCCGAGAUCGAGCACUUGGUGGAAAAAGUGUGGUACGCAGUGACGGAAACAUGCUUGGCGUUUACAGUAUUUCGGGAUGACUUUAGUCCAAAAUUUAUAGCGUUGUUUACACUCCUAUUAUUUUUGAAAUCAUUUCAUUGGCUAGCUGAAGACCGUGUUGAUUAUAUGGAGAGAAGUCCAGUAAUAACGUGGUUGUUCCAUUUUAGAAUUGCUACUUUAUUAUUACUCUUACUUACCAUUAAUUUUACAAUGCUUCAUUAUGCAAUCGUUACAACAGCCACUAGAGGUCCUUCUGUACAACUUGUAUUUGGCUUUGAAUAUGCAAUUUUGCUCACUGUUGUUCUUAAUAUUACUGUAAAAUAUAUAUUGCACACACUUGAUCUGCAAAGUGAAAAUCCGUGGGAUAACAAACCAGUGUUUUUGUUGUACACAGAACUGAUAAUUGGUUUUUUAAAGGUGGUCCUCUAUGUUACCUUUGUGACUUUAAUGAUAAAACUAUUUACAUUACCUUUAUUUGCACUGCGACCCAUGUAUUAUACUAUGCGAGAUUUCAAAAAAGCAUUUCAUGAUAUUGUAAUGUCAAGAAGAGCUAUUAGAAAUAUGAAUACACUCUAUCCAGAUGCAACAGCUGAGGAAUUGGCUGCUGCUGAUAAUGUUUGUAUUAUAUGUCGGGAGGAAAUGGUUGGAGCUAGUAAAAAAUUGCCGUGUAAUCAUAUCUUUCAUACUGCUUGUCUACGUUCUUGGUUUCAACGUCAGCAAACGUGUCCAACGUGUCGUUUGAACAUUUUAAGACCUACGCCGACCACUACGCAACCAAGGCAGCAGAAUCCUCCUCAGCCAGGACCGCAGGUGCCUCAGCCUCCGCAAGCACCUGGUGUCAAUCCUAUUGGACCACCAGGAGCACCAUUUCACAUCCCCCCAUUAUUUUGGGCUGGAUUGCCUGCUGCAGGAAUGCCACCACAGCAGCAGCAGCAACAGCAGCAACAACAACAACAGCAGCAGCAACAGCAGCAACAACAACAACAACAACAAUCAUCUCAACAGCAAUCUCAAAAUAAUGCUGGAAGUACUUCUUCAAAUCAGAAUGUACCACCCACCUUAAAUAUACCGCUUUUUCCACCAUUGUUUCCUACACUACCAUUGCCGCCUAUUCCUGCACCACCACCGCAUUUAAGUGAACUCAGCGAAGAAGAACUUAGAGCGAUGGAGGGUAAUCUGCGCCAAGCUGUUCAAGCCAGAAUACAAACAUUGCAAAAGAUUCAACUUUUAUUGGAUGCAGCCAAUGCGAUGAUGAAUCAAUAUCAAACAGCAGCUGCCACAGCCAAUAUUGUGUACAAUUCUACAAACAAUGUCGAUAAUACAUCGGAUGUAUCUGAGAAACCAACAACAAGUGGUACAGCGAACACAGCCACUGAAGUCAGUGGCGAAAGUUCUGAGGCCAAAUCGGAAAACACAUCGAGUAUGUUGAAGGAAAACUCUUCUCCGAGCACGUCAAAAGAAAUCACUUCUACUCCGAAUACGUCAAAGGAAGGCACUCCUGUUUCAAGUGUACCAAAGGAAGAAACAUCAUCUAACGAAUCUGAUACGCUAGAUUUGUCUAAGAUUGAGAUGGACGUUACGAGCGAGCAGGAAAUGCUACGCAGACGUAGGUUGCAAAAAUUUUCACCUCCACCAACAACAGAAUAAAUAAAAAUAAAACUUGUGUGUGAUAAACUA